AUGCCUUUUGGUUGCUGCUUCUCGGCUAAGAAUGCCAUCGAGCCAGAGGAGACUCCAAGAUUUUCGAAGAAGAUUGAAGAAAAUCUCUCCACGCAAAGUCCCCUUGUUUCUGCUCGUUCAGAAUCGACCAAGGUUUACUCCGCUGUCUCCAAAGCCUCCAAGGUGUCGAGCAAGGACUCCGGGUGCCCCCAAGAGAGCGUCGCCGGAGACGUCUCAGACGACGAAUCCGUCACUCAGAUCAUCACGGAAGACUUCGGCGACGAAAUGACCAGAGCGCAGAUCGAAAACGCUUCUCGGCCGGAGACGCCGGACUUCUGCAUCGCCGGCAGAAAAGUCGACGAAACAGCAACUAAAACUGUCCGAAUGGGAAAAGUUCUUGAACAACUCGAGCAAGAAAGACAAAUCAAGGAGCCAAAAGUGACAAGCACAGCUUUCUCCUACACGAUUGGGGACAACUCUCCUGUUCGCCUUCCUUCCAAGCUCCCACCAAUUCAAAAGAAGCCGAUCAAGAACCUCGAAGAUAUCGAAAAAGAGAAGGAGGCUGCAGCCAAACGAAGAGAGGAACAAUUCCGUCUCAAGCGUGAAAAAACUCUGAUGAUGGAAGAACGCAGACAAAUCGUUCUUGAGAGAAAGAAGACUCACGCUGACUUGAGCAAAAUGAAGGACGAAGAAGAAAGCUCUGAGCAGUCUUCCGACGAACCAGUUAUUGAAAGAAAAAUCCACGAUGAAGACGAAAUCAUCCCAUCUCUCAAUGAAGAAUCUUCAUAG